AUGCGCGCUACGACUCCUGCGGAACACGUGUCUUCCGCCGCAACUGGCUUAACCUACGCGGCUGUCUUUCCCCGCUGCGCGGAGUUAUCGCGACAGAACGGCGCCGAAGAAAGGCGCUCCGAAUGCAGCCCUGGCGGAUCGUCUUCUCUCGCUGUGGCUGCUGCUGUUGAUGCAGUUGCGCCCGGCAUGGCCGCGUUUCGCGCGCGGCUGCAGCAGUCCCUCGUUCAUUCGCUGGACAUCCGCGCGGCUGCGCUCGACCGCAUGCGCGCAAUCAACGAGCGCGUUGAGAAGCUCCGCAGAAUUGAAACCGAGGCGGCUGCUACACGUGAUAUGCUCUCGCGCGCGACCGGAAGCGGCGGCUUGCUGGCAGCAGAGGCAGGGAAUUUUCGGGGAGAAGGCACCGCUGCGUUUGCAGCUGCGCCAGCUGUUGCGGCGCUUCUGCCGAAGCGAUGCGCCGGAGGAGUUCGGGAAACGCCGCGUGUGGUGAGGAGAUUAAGUGGCGCCUGGUCCCGCCCGGCUGCGGCGGCGCGCGGCCUAUUGGCGACCGCGGAGUCGGAAGCGUCCGUCACAGGAAGCACGUGCGCGGAGGGCGAGCGGCAAUCGGCGCAGAGCAGGCGGAGACUGGCGGGCGGGGUGCCAGCAGUGGGUGGUGGUGGUGGUGGUGGUGGCGACAGCGCGAGCUACGACAACCCUCCAGAUGAUCCCUAUGUGGCGCUACGCGAUUGGUGCAGGGUCACAGUUGACACUCUCUCUCCGCCUGCUCGCAUGGGGGUUGCUUCUGCGACGUGA